CAAGAUGGCUGCGCUCUUGCUGAGACAUAUUGGUCGUCAUUGCCUCCGAACCCACUUUAGCCCUCAACUCUGUAUCAGAAAUGCUGUUCCUUUGGGAACCACGGCCAAAGAAGAGAUGGAGCAGUUCUGGAAUAAGAAUAUAGGUUCAAACCGUCCUGUAUCUCCCCACGUCACUAUCUACAGUUGGUCUCUUCCCAUGGCAAUGUCCAUCUGCCACCGUGGCACUGGUAUUGCUUUGAGUGCAGGGGUCUCUCUUUUUGGCAUGUCGGCCCUGUUACUCCCUGGGAACUUUGAGUCUUAUUUGGAACUCGUGAAGUCCCUGUGUCUGGGGCCAGCACUGAUCCACACAGCUAAGUUUGCACUCGUCUUCCCUCUCAUGUAUCAUACCUGGAAUGGGAUCCGACACUUGGUGUGGGAUCUAGGAAAAGGCCUGAAGGUUCCCCAGCUAUACCAGUCUGGAGUGGUUGUCCUGGUUCUUACUGUGUUGUCCUCUAUGGGGCUGGCAGCCAUGUGAAGAAUGGAGGUUCCCAGCAUCAUCUUCUUACACCUUAUUACAUUUAUCCAUCUUUCUGUUUUUCAUUCUUAUCUCCAGCCUGGGAAAAGUUCUCCUUAUUUGUUUAGAUCCUUUUGUACUUUCAGAUCCCCUUGGAGCAGUAGAGUACCUUGUAGACCAUAAUAGUGGAAAA